CUAGCUGCUGUUGCAUGGAAGGCUGGGCAGCCACUGGUGAUUGAGGAGGUCGAAGUGGCUCCUCCUCCGGCAAUGGAGAUUUACAUCAAAAUCUUAUUCACUUCACCAAUUGAUGUCUUUGCAGAAUUGGUUUCAAGAGGACAGAAACCCGUAUUUUCUUGGAUCUUUGGACAUGAAGCGGGUAGAAUUGUGGAGAGUAUCAGAGAGGGAUUUACAGAGCUUGCACCCGGCGAUCAUAUCCUCCCUGUGUUCAUCAGAGAGUGCAAGGAUUGUGCUCACUGCAAGUCAGAGGAAAGCAACAUGUCCACCCUUCUCAGAAUUAACACUGACAUAGGAGUGAUGAUUGGGGAUGGACUAUCAAGGUUCUUGAUUAAUGGUAAACCUAUAUAUCACUUUGUCAGAACCUCAAUGUUCAGUAAGCACACUGUUGUUCAUGUGGGUUGUCUUGCUAAACCACCCAAAGGACCAAUUCACAUUGUGGAUGCCCUAUCCAUUGGCAUUCCUACUCCAAUAGCUGCAGUGCUGAGCUUGGCAAAAACUGCAACUCCUGAAUCAUCAGUUGUUGCUUUUGGAUUGGGAGCUAUCAACCUUGCUGCUGUAGAAGGGGCUAGAAUAACAGGGGCUUCAAGGACUAUUGGUGUUGAUGUGAAUCCAAGAAGAUUUCUUGAAGCCAAAAAGUCUGAUGUCAACGAGUUUGUGAAUCCAAAGGACUAUCAGAAGUCAGUUCAAGAGGUGCUUGCUGAAAUGACUGACGGUGGAGUUGAUCGGAGCAUCGAAUGCACCGGCAACAUUGAUGCCAUGAUAUUGGCUUUUGAAUGCGUUCAUGAUGGUUGGGGUGUUGUUGUUCUUGUCAGAGUGCCUCACAAAGAUGCUAUCUCUAAAACGCACCCUAUGAAUGUUCUCAAUGAAAUAACACUCAAGGGAACAUUCUUUGGUAACUGCAAGCUUCACUCUGAUCUCCCUGUUGUUGUUGAGAGAUAUAUGAACAAGGAGCUAGAGCUGGAGAAGUUCAUCACUCAUGAAGUCCCAUUCUUUAGAUUUCCUGCGAGUUUGUUGCCAAACAAAAUAAGCAUGGCCUCUGGCCUUCGGCCCGUUCUUGUCGUUCAUACAAAGUAG